GGAGAGAGAGAGGCGGACGGAGGGAGUCAUGCUGCACAGCUGAGGGAGCCGAGAGGACGCCUGCUGCUCGGGCGGUGUGUGCACGGAUGCAAAGUCACCUCCUCCCUUGCGAUGAAUGCUUUAGCGUGGACGGCUGGUUAGUCAUCUGAGAAUACCUGGAAACCCCUCCGGGCUCCCGUUCCUCCCUCCCUGCGGUAUGGAGGGGUUGCAGCCAGAUAACGCCGGAGUUGGCGGAACCGGGGAAUCCGCCGAGGAAAAGUACGGAGCUCUCGCCUUCGACACGGCUCUCAGCACUUUGGUGGUAGUGGCCCUGUACGUGAUGGUGAAAGUCAGCCUGGACGGCUUCAGGCAAUGGCGUGCCAGGAUCUCGGUGCUCGUCGUGGGCUCGGGUCCCGUGGGGCUGACGGCGGCUCUGGUCGCUGUCCGCUCCGGGAAGGUGCUGAAGCUGACCGUGCUGGACGAGAGGUACCGGACCGCGCUGCUCUGCCGGCCCCAGCAGAUCGCCCUGGAUCCUCGCAGUGUGAAGUUUCUACUGGGACUCGGGGUGGACUUUGACAACAUGGAAGGCUGCUGGCACAACGAGCACUUCUUCACCAGAAUCGGCGUGUUUCAGGAGUAUCUGCUCAGCAUCCUGGAGCAGAAGAAGCAGAGGGUGGAGGUCAAGGUACAGCUGGGAACUAAGUUUACGGAAGAAUACCUGCGGCGGAUUCCGCACAAUGACUGGCCUCGAGUGAUCGUGGUGGCUGACGGGUCAUGCGGAGACUCUUGCUCCGUUUUAGGAAUCAGCUCGGACUACAUUGUGGAGUCCUGCCACGCCUACGGAGCUAAUGCUACCAUAGAGAGAUCAGACCAGAGACAGGUGCCCACGCCUGAGAUCCGUGCACACAGCCUCUACUUUGACCUGUCGGCCUACGGAGUGGAGGCCCUGCGGGAGCACAGGAACCCGACAGCCAAGUCUGGCUUCCACCUGAAAAUCUAUGGCACCUUCAGAAACCGCUACAUGGCCCUCGCCUGCCCCGCUUCUGACACCAAGAUGGUCCGCUACCUCAGACACACGGCAAACUCCUCUAUCAUGAAGAACAUUUUCCAUGAAUCCUUCAAUGCCUACAAGACGGACAUUGAACCUCGUCUCAACGACGUGACGCUGCACCACAUGCAGUGCAGCCGCCGACUCUUUGAGGUCCAGUUGUCCCACAGACGCAUCAGCGCCGCCUACAUAGAGGGGGAAAACGUUGCCGUCAUUGUGGAGGGUGAGGCGGCACGCGUCCUCAACUUUGACACAGGGUUCGGGGUUAAUCUGGGCAUGCGAGGCCUUGAGUCAGUGGGGACCUUCAUUUACCGGACUGCCACCGCUGUGGACCAGAACGAUAUUUUAGAGGCGCUGUCAGCUAAGAUGCAACACUCCAAACAGGUGGCAGAGACCUUCAAGCAGACAGGUCUGGCUGACUCAAUGUAUGAAUGAGGAAGUGGAACGUCCCGCUGUGCACUAAGUGCCACCCAGUGGACAGAAGUGAAUCUUAACAUGAAGAAUGGACCCUGAUGCCUAAACAGCAUUAUUAAUAAUUUCAUAUCAGCCUAAUCUUAAAAGCAGUGAUCGGAUGAAUAACUAAGAAAAUCUUUUGUUUUUUGUUGCGCACGACAUGCAAUGAAAGUGGUGACGACAAGAAAUGCUAAAGUUGCAAUCAGGAAACCAAGGACAAUCACAUAACUGCAACAAAACAAAAUAUUUUCCAAGGUCUCGGCACAGAAAAGGUGUUUGGCUCUAAGACAGCUGGAAUUAACUGAAACUGCGAGACUGUGUUUUAUUUCUCUCACUCUCUUCCUCCGUUAAUUAGACAAUCCAUUGACUUGAUUCCCGGUUAAUUGCCACUUGUUUUAUAGAAGGUGACAAGUGCUGCUGGAGAAUAACCGACUGUGUUGAAGCAUCUUCGGCUCAGAGUGAGAAAUGUUAGGGCUAUUAUAAUUAACUCAUUUCUCAGAAAAAACAAACAAAGAAAAAAAAAAAUCAAACGAUGUAGUGCAGCAGCUGUUCCACACAGGGUUUUAACUGCCUCCUUUGUAUCUGUGUUUUUGGCUGCUGACAAGGUGAUAAUAACGGUGAUAGUGAUUUCUUCUUUUCCCAUAAUGCCUUGUAAAAACGUUUUUAUAUGUACAAAGGGACACAGUGGCGAUAUUGUGUUUUUUGCAUAUUUUCAUCCAGGUGGUGUAAAAAGCCUCAUUGAUGACGAUGUAGUUGAAGUGCCAAUAAAAGUGACGAUGAACUCAUU